CUCUCUCUCUCUUUCUUUUUCUCUUUCCCUUCCUCGCACAGCUUGUGGUUCAUGUAGGUCUGUCUGGCAUGGCCACCACUGUGACGCUGGAGAAAUGCGGCCACAAUGUGGGCUACCGUGGCCUGGACAACUGCCGCUUUUGCCCAGGCUCGCACUGCUGUGUUGAAGGCGGCCCAGAGUGCAUCGAUUCUGUCAUUGACAUGGACACUGUGUGCAAGAGGGUCUCUGAUCUGGAGCUGGAUGUCACCGUCACAAUAUCAAAGGAUGCUGGCAGUUGGACCCUGGAAUAGGCUAUGGAUCAGGGAGAAGGGCUUCUCCUGCAGAAGGUCCAGGAUUCAAAUCCUGCUGUCUCUGGGUUUGGCUUGAAAGGACUGGAAACCUGGAGAGUGUGCUGCCCCUUUGUGUGGUCUGGGGUGGAAGCACCUGUAGCUCUCCUGAUGCUGAUGAUGAUUGUACACAACAAAUCCCAUUAUCCCUGACCUGCAAUGCCAGA